UAAUGAUUUCCAUCCCUGAAUACUAUGAAGGAAAGAAUGUCCUCCUGACAGGAGCUACAGGCUUCUUGGGAAAAGUGCUUCUGGAAAAGCUGCUCAGAUCCUGUCCUAAAGUGAAAGCAGUGUAUGUGUUGGUAAGACACAAAGCUGGGCAGGCACCCGAAGCACGAAUAGAAGAAAUUGCCAGCUGUAAGCUCUUUGACAGGUUGAGACAGGAGCAACCAGACUUCAAAUCAAAAAUAAUAGUAGUUACAAGUGAACUUGCACAGCCUGAACUGGAUCUUAGUGAACCAAACAAGGAAAAACUUAUAGAAUGCAUUAAUAUUAUAUUUCAUUGUGCUGCUACAAUCAGAUUCAACGAAACACUAAGAGAUGCUGUUCAGUUAAACGUGACUGCCACACAACAGCUCCUGUUCCUGGCACAGAGGAUGAAGAACCUGGAAGUGUUCAUGCACGUCUCGACCGCCUUCGCCUACUGCAACCGCCAACAGAUCGAUGAAGUCGUGUACCCACCUCCUGUUGAUCCCAGGAAGCUGAUAGAUUCUCUUGAGUGGAUGGAUGAUGGCAUAGUGAAUGACAUUACUCCUAAGCUGAUAGGCGACAGACCUAACACUUACACAUAUACAAAAGCCUUAGCUGAAUAUGUAGUACAACAAGAAGGUGCAAAACUAAACAUAGCCAUUGUAAGGCCAUCCAUCGUUGGUGCUAGCUGGAAGGAGCCUUUUCCUGGCUGGAUUGAUAACUUCAAUGGACCUAGUGGUAUCUUCGUUGCUGCAGGAAAAGGAAUUCUCCGAACAAUGAGAGCUUCCAACGACGCAGUAGCAGAUCUUGUUCCAGUAGAUGUUGUUGUCAAUACCACACUGGCUGCAGCCUGGUAUUCUGGAGUUAAUAGACCAAAAAAAGUCAUGGUGUAUAACUGUACAACAGGUGCCACCAAUCCUUUCCACUGGAGUGAAGUUGGUAUGCUAUGUUUCUUUUUUCUCAUUAGCCUGAAUGAAAAA